CUUUUUUCAUUUUAUUGAGCUCCAAGUAUUGUCCCCGCUACGCUUACAGGAUUCCAUCGUUUCUGUUUUCGUACUAGGGUUUUACGAGGGUAUAGCGAAUAGCAAUAGACCCCAAAAGGCAACGCUCAAAACACUGUAAUGGAUAUGUCUUCCACCUCCUACAAACCCCACAAAAACUACUGAAAAUGGAAAGCCCAGAUACCAAAGCCACAAGAUCUCCACCACCGCCACAAGAACUCGAACCCGAACCCGAACCCAAGAAGCUCAAAAUGUCAACCACCACCACCACCUCGGACGACGAAGACCCCAGCACCGCCACUAGCGGACCCGGAACCACCAAAAAGCAAAGAUACAAGCGCCGGAAAGUCGCGAUCCUCUUCGCGUAUUGCGGCGUCGGCUACCAAGGCAUGCAAAAGAACCCAGGUGCCAAAACAAUCGAAUCCGACCUCGAAGAAGCGCUGUACCUCUCCGGCGCGGUGCCCGAGCAGGACCGCAACAACCCCAAGCGCUACGAUUGGGCUCGCUCUGCCCGGACCGACAAGGGGGUUAGCGCCGUGGGCCAGGUCGUCUCGGGCCGGUUCUACAUCGACCCGCCGGGCCUCGUCGAGCGGCUAAACUCGAAUACCUCCUCUCAGAUCCGGAUCUUCGGGUACAAGCGCGUUACGGGGUCGUUUAGCGCAAAGAAGUUCUGCGAUCGGAGGAGGUACGUGUAUCUAAUACCCGUGUUUGCGCUUGAUCCCUCUUCGCAUCGCGAUAGAGAGAGCGUUUUGGCUAGUUUGGGGUCUGGGAAUGAGCUCGUUAAGUGCUUGCAAUGUUCCGAGAGAGGCCGUAAGGUCGUAGGUAUAAUGGGUAGGCGUAAUUUAGAAUUUAAACCCGCGAGUUCCGAUUCAGGCAUUUCGUCGAACAGUGGGGAUGCCGUGCAUGAAUCUAACGUCAAAGAGGAAAACACGGUUUAUUUGGAAAAUGACGGCAAUGAUAAGUUGAAGUCUGAAUCUACGGAGGAACCUAAGGUUGUAGAUGACAACAGACCUUCUGAAAUUGCGGUUGAAACUGUAAUUGCUGCCCAAAACGAGCUUACUGAUGAGAAAGUAAAUGGAGAGGAGGAGGUUGCAAAGGGAAGUGGGUUUUGUUAUGGUGAGAAGGAGAGGGAGAGGUUUAAUAGGAUCUUGAAGCUCUAUGUGGGGACUCAUAACUUCCAUAACUUCACCACUAGAACAAAAGCCGAGGACCCUGCUGCUCAGCGCUUCAUUAUUUCGUUUGAAGCAAACACCACAGUUACGGUUGAGGGUAUCGAGUUUGUCAAGUGUGAGGUUGUGGGGCAGAGCUUCAUGCUUCAUCAGAUUCGGAAAAUGAUUGGGGUUGCUGUGGCUAUCAUGAGGAAUUGUGCUCCAGAGGCAUUGAUAGAAAAAGCUUUGCAAAAGGAUGUUAACAUUAAUGUGCCUACAGCUCCUGAGGUUGGUUUGUAUUUGGAUGAGUGCUUCUUUACAUCAUAUAACAAGAAAUGGAAAGACAGCCAUGAAGAGGUGUCAAUCAAAGCAUAUGAAGAAGAGGCAGAGGACUUCAAAAUGAAGCAAAUAUACUCUCACAUUGCCACAACGGAGCAUAAAGAAGGAGCUGUGGCCCUCUGGUUGCAUUCUCUGAACCACCGUAAUUAUCCAGAUUUACGCGUUGUCAAUGAUGAAGACCCAAAUAAUGGGAAAAGUGUUGAAAUGGAGAACAUGGCUGAGUAAAUCUUUCUUGCAGGAUAUAGGAUUUAGAAUGCUGCUACAUCUUUUAUGUACUGAUUGAUCAUCACCAAUAGAAAAUUUCACUUCUGUUGGAUGUCAUAGCAAAAAAAAAAAAAAAUGUAUUCUGCUUUCAUUUCAUAAUUAGAUUCUUAUGAACCUCUAUAAAGUAAUCAGUUAUCGUAAUGUUAAAACUUUUUGGUCAA